AUGACAGAUGCUCAUGAAACCGAGGUAGCCACCGCCGAUGAAGGCGAAGGCAUUGCGAGUGAAUCCGAGCAGGAAUACCCAAGCCGAAAUACUACACCACCGAGUCUGGAAGAAUUCGAGAGAUGGCAAGCGCAGAUAGGCUUGCAAAAGUUCGGCGAAGGCCUGAAUGCUGCGGCAAAGGCGAUAUUCCCGAGUGAUGGUCGACUACAAUACUCGAAGGUUUAUGUGCUGAUGCUGAGCUGGGGCGUGGAAGGUUCAGCGGUGUCUGGAAUCUCGAGAUUGUCUAGUGUCUUCAAGGACGUUUAUCAUUUUGAUGUCGAAUCUUGGAUGAUCCCUUCAGAAGGCAGCCAGGCUACGACGACUCAGAAGAUAUUGGAUUUCGUCAGAUUAGGUGGUGAUAGUGACGAUGAUCUGAAGAUUGUAUUUUAUGCUGGACAGACUCAACUUAUCAAGAACAAGAACUUGGCUUUGACGAGCAGUGGUCGCAAGACCGAGAAAUCCGGAUACCCCGUCCAUUGGAGUGGCAUUCAAAAGUCUUUGGAGGCUGCACGAAGUGACGUUCUCAUCCUCUUGGACUGUCCUUACGUAGGGACGGCAAACAACAACCAAGGUAAUGGGGUAACAGAGCUCAUUGCGGCAUCUGCCUAUAGAUCUGUGGUGAGCCACCUCGAAGCAUAUUCCUUCACCCGUGAGCUGGAGACCGAGUUCCGAGAGUUGAGCAAAUUGCCGUAUUUCUCGGUUGGAAACCUUUUCCACAACAUCUACUGCCGCGUUCAAAGUCGAAUGGCCGAAACAGGACAAGAAGAGGCUGUACCUGCUUGUUUGCAAUUGACACAGGAGGAUCCGUACCUACCUCGGAGUAUCCAACUGUCAGCUCAUCAGGCGGAUACCCCUUCUACAUUACACCCGAACCCCGCAAAUGCCAACGGAGCGUUCCAUACCUCGUCUACUCGAGGAGAUACACCGCGUAUUGCAUUUGCAAUUCGUCUAAAAGAGGAUUUCAAGGUUGGAGAUCUCUCUUCAGACCUCUUUCUGAGAUGGCUCAGCUGUAUUCCAGAAUCGGUGGCAGAAGUCAAGAUUGAAGCCGGAUUCCACAGCUAUUCAUCCCUCCUAAUCGUGUCAGUUCCAAUCUGCAUGUCACUCUACAUGCCAAAGGAUCCUGCAAUCAUUUGUCUUGGGCCGAUC